UCUUAUACAAGUGUUAAAACUUGAACCUCCAGCAGUAAAAUAUAACUGUAUUGAAUGCCUGUGAAUUCUAACCAGUUAACCAGCUGCUGCUUUUGCUAUAGGUAGCAGCCCUUUCUGAUAGAAAAAACAGUGUGUUAACAAAUAUAAUGCAUAUUAAAACAACUUUAACCCCUUGUGGUUAACUCAACUUCACUAAUGUCUAAUCCUAAUAUCUGCUAACCUCUGCAGCGCCCGCUACAGAGGAACCGGCAGCCGCUGAGGCCCCGGCCGAGGCUGCCGCGCCCACUACAGAGGAAGCACCAGCACCUGCUGAGGCCCCUGCUGAUGCUGCUGCGCCCGCCGCAGAAGAAGCUCCAGCUGUCCCCCGCCGAGGCCCCCGCUGAGGCUGCUGCACCCACUGCAGAGGAAGCGCCAGCCGCGCCUGAGGCCCCCGCUGAUGCUGCUGCGCCCGCUGCGGAGGAAGUGCCAGCCGCGCCUGAGGCCCCCGCUGAUGCUGCUGCGCCUGCUGCAGAGGAAGCCGCCGCCCCCGCUGAGGCCACUGCUGAUGGUAAAACAAUGACAUGAGGCACAACAAACAUCUUGAAUUAUUAAAAUCUUCAACCUCUCACGUUAAGGAUAACCGGACUAACUGACUUCUUUACGACACUCUGAUGCACAUACAUUAUCAUCUGUUAUAACAUGUCCCAUCUGCUUAAUGCACUCAGUAUUAAUAUCUAACAUUUAAUAAUAGCUGCUGCCGCUCCUGCUGCAGAGGA